AACGAUUACUGAUUAGUAUGGCGGCGUGUGCGGCGGGGCCGCCCGCAUCGUGCUCGCGAAAGCUUUGGCAACUCGUGUUUCCUUACCUUACUUAAUCUCAAUGGAGACUCGAUCACACCAAGGAGGAACCUACCUCCUUCUAUCGUGGACUAAAUCCUCUACCAGUGUGUAAUCACAACGUCAACAGCUGAUCACAGCGUACCGGCAUGCGACUACGAGUGCUACACACUUACUACGCUUGUGCGAUGUGUAUGAAUGUAUGUGACGUUUUCGGUUAUUGUGACUGAGGGAUUUUCUGUUUCGCGUGUGUCUGGCUGAGGAAACUUGAGAAGAUGAAGCUGCGCACGUAUUUGCUCCUCGGCUUGUUGGUAGUGGGAGCAUCUCCGGAGCCACGUAGACAGGGCAUCACGGAGCCGCCUCACCACGUUGAGUUUACAAACGACACAGGCGUCACGCUCAGCUGUUCCACCAAGGGAGAUUACCAGCUGGACUGGCUCCUGAUGGACGGGACAACGGUGACGUCAGUGGCGGGCUUGCGGAGGGUGCUGGCCAACGGGUCGUUGGAGCUACCCCCCUUCCCGGGAGAGCGUUACCGCAGGGAUGUCCACUCCACCACCUACCGCUGCCGGCUGAACCUGAGCAGCGGCUUCGCGGUGCUCUCCAAGAACAUUCACGUCCACGCCUACUCCGCACUAAACUCGGCGUGGGAAGUCCACGUGCCUGACGAGUAUGUGAUGGCGGGAAACGCUGCUGUGCUGCGGUGCGUGGUGCCCGCCCACUGCGUCGACAGAGUGGACAGCACUGACUGGCUGACGGAUGAUGACGUCAGCGUGCUGCGGUAUUUAGGGUCUAAAUACCAACAGUUGGACGACGGCUCCCUGUACAUAAACGCCGUCAGUCCGUCCGACCGGUACAACACGUUCCGAUGUCGUGUCCGGGAUCGGAUCAGCGGGAAGCUGCACUCCAGCCAAUUUUAUGGUCACGUGAUCGUGACUGAACCAAAGGGCGGCGUCAGACCGCGCGUGGCCAUCGAGCCGCGAUCCCGCCGCGUGCAGGUCGGGCAGGACGUCCGGCUCCCGUGUGCGGCGCACGCCUGGCCAGUGCCCAGUUAUAGGUGGUUUCGAGAUCACCACGAGCAGUUAGUACCUAUAGAGAAGAGUACAAUAUGGCCGCGUAUAAGACUGUUCGGCGGCGGUCUCCUCAGCAUCAGUGCAGUGAGGAGAGAGGACUUGGGUCGUUUUGUCUGCUGGCUCAACAACACCGUCGGUGGGGAGUCCGUACACUUCACCCUUAUUGUCACAGAACCAAUCUCCGUCCGUAUAAAACCCGAAGUGUUAAGAUCAAAAGUGAACUCGGACGUAAACUUCGAGUGUAAAGUGUCCGGCCACCCCAUAGAAAUCAUUUACUGGGUGCAUGACGCCAGAGUUCUCGAGGCCAAUGACAGGAUACAGUUAUCAAAAGAUGGCCUAAGAUUACAUAUCAAAAACACUCAGAAGCACGACCAGGGAAUCUAUCAAUGUUUUGUGAGCAAUGCCCGGGAUCAAGCUUAUGGAAUAGCAGAGUACGUGAUUAAUGUUACGGAGGGCCACGGAAGAUCGGCCGGUAAUCGCUCGAGGCGCACGCCAUACGCUCGCAGUGCGCACACACACGACGCCGCUGAUUGGAAUUUCACUGGCACAAGAGAUUCGAAACCUGAGUUGGUGUACUGGUUUUCGGAACAAACUUUACAGCCGGGGCCUAGUGUGUCUCUCAAAUGUGUAGCGAUGGGCCACCCUCCACCUCAAUUUACUUGGUUGCUAGAUGGGUUUCCAAUUCCUACUAAUUCAAGAUUUGUAGUGGGCCAGCACGUCACCCUACAAGAUGACGUGGUCAGCCAUCUAAACAUCAGCAGAGUGACAGAACAAGAUGGCGGCGAAUACGCCUGUGUUGCCAGCAAUUCCGCCGGGAAAGCACUCCACGCAGCUCGGGUGAACGUCUACGGUCUACCAUACAUUCGGGAAAUGCCAAAAGUGACUGCCGUCGCAGGAAGUGACCUAAAUAUCAAAUGUCCAGUUGCUGGAUACCCAAUAGAAUCUAUAACAUGGGAAAGAGACGGUCAAACACUACCACUGAAUCGACGACAAAAGGUGUUCCCCAACGGAACUCUUGUUGUAGAGCAGACCCAACGUGGUGAAGAUGCCGGUACUUACACCUGCCAAGCUGCAAAUCGACAACGUCAUGCUGCAAGAAGAGAUGUAGAAGUCCAAAUUCUAGUUCAACCCAAAAUCUUGCCAAUUCAGCCCCUAACAAAUUUCCUACGGGAAGGGAUGAGAGCUGCGAUAUCUUGUCAAAUAUUAGAGGGCGAUCUGCCAAUAGCUUUUCGAUGGGAGAAGAAUGGGCAGCCAGUGACGUCAUCGCCGUACGCUCCAAGUGGCAUAAUCACGAGGAGAAUGGACGAAUACAGCGCUUCCUUGGUCAUCGAGCAUAUUACGUCACUCCACAGUGGGAAUUACACGUGUAUCGCUUCUAACGUUGCUGGCUCUGAAAGAUUUACAGUUCCACUGACGGUAAAUGUUCCUCCUCGUUGGCGCUUGGAACCGAACGAUGUAGCAGUAGCUGCUGGACAAGAUGUCACCCUGCAGUGCCAAGCGGACGGCUACCCGAAACCAACCAUCAUGUGGAAGAAAGCUGUGGGCAAUACUCCUGGCGAGUACAAAGACUUCAUGUUCGAGGGUAAUUCAAGAGUUCUGGAAAAUGGCUCCCUUGUCUUCGAGAGAGUCGCCAAGGAUAGCGAAGGCCACUAUCUCUGUGAAGCUAGGAACGACAUCGGAGCCGGCCUGAGCAAGCUUAUCUUUUUGAAGGUCAAUGCCCCAGCCAGAUUCCCCAUGAAGAGUAAAACCGUCCAAGUGACAGCAGGGGAAGCUGCUCAUUUGCAGUGUGCAGCUUCGGGAGAUGCACCUCUAGAAGUAUCCUGGAGAAGCCCCCACCAUCACACCAUAGCUCACCACCUAGAUCAAAGAUAUACCAUCCGAGAACAAGUCCUAGAUGAUGGCCUUGUAUCAGAACUGAGCAUACUUCAGACCUAUCGACAAGACACGGGUGCUCUCACAUGCCGUGCUUCCAACGCGUAUGGACAAGAUGAAAUGCUGAUACACUUGGUCGUUCAGGAGGUUCCUGAGAUGCCCAAGAAUAUAAGAAUUAUCGAUCAGCAAUCUCGUGCAAUACAAAUAUCUUGGACUCAACCUUACGCAGGCAACAGUCCCAUCAUCAACUACAUCGUGCAGUAUAAGGAGGCUCCUGAACCUUGGCCAACAACUCCACAGAAAGUAAUAGUUCCAGGUAGUGUAACAUCAGCGAGUGUCCAAAACUUACAACCAGCUACGUCCUAUCAUUUGAGAAUCAUUGCUGAAAACAGAUUAGGUCAGAGCGAACCGAGUCAGCUUGUUCAAGUGACAACAACUGAAGAAGUUCCCAGCGGCCCUCCUCUGGAUGUCAGGGUAGAGGCAAAAAGCUCGACUGAAUUGAUUGUUAGUUGGGAACCACCACAAAGGGACCUAUGGAACGGUAACAUUCUCGGGUACUACGUUGGAUUUCAAGAGCUCAACAGCAACAGCACAGUCCUCAGCGCUAGUGGACCAGGUGGCGCUUCAUACACCGUUCGGACCGUCGAAGGGGCAGGGUCGGCCCGGGCCAGGACUACUCUCUCUGGUCUUCAGAAACAUGCGGCGUACGCCAUCGUGGUCCAAGCAUACAACAGUAGAGGCGCGGGGCCUGCGUCUCCUCCUACCACCGCCACUACCAUGGAGGACGUCCCAAGUCUGCCACCCGGCUCUCUGCAAUGCACGGCUGUGAGCUCCCAAUCAGUGAGAGUCUCUUGGGAACCGCCCCCGAUGCGUGGUCGCAACGGUGUAUUACAAGGGUACAGAGUCACCUACGCACCAGUCACUGACUGGUAUGGCAACGAGGAAGCGGUCACGAAGCAGAUAUCAGGGCUCCACACGACGUUAUCGGGCUUGCGGCGGUAUACCAACUACUCGGUGACCGUGUGCGCGUUCACGGCGGCCGGCGAUGGUGUCAGGGCGGCGCCCGUCUACUGCCACACGGAAGAAGAUGUCCCAUCAGCCCCUGCCGACAUCAAGGCCGCGGUGUCGUCCCGCAACAAGAUCCUGGUUUCGUGGCUGCCACCAGCCUCACCCAACGGGAUCCUCGUUGGAUACACUCUAUACAUGAGCGUUAUUGAAGACGGACGAGAGGAGGGCACCCACAAGCGCAUGUUGUCGCCGAGCACACUGUCACACGAGACGUCCCGUUCACCCCCGCGAGCUACACAUCAAUUCUGGGUGUCAGCCUCCACGCGACUAGGGGAAGGAGAAACCACGAGAGUCGUUACCGUGCUACCUUCGGAUUCCGUGCCGGCUAGAAUCACAUCGUUCAGCAGAAGUAUAGUGACUCCUUGGAAGGAGAAUAUAUCGCUCUCCUGCAACAAAGUCGGCAUUCCCACUCCUUCCACCACUUGGAGUAUGAAUGGAGCAACCUUAGAGUCGACUUUGAGGAAGAAUGUGACCUUUGAUGGAACUCUCGUGAUCAGCAUGACACAGUACGCCGACAGCGGUAACUACACCUGCGCCGUGGAGAACAUUCACGGGCGAGACGAAGUGACUUAUAGCGUGGAAGUGAAGGUGCCGCCUCAGCCGCCAGUGCUGGCCGUGGUGGACUCUUACGCCGACUCACUGCACCUGCAGUGGAGCGACCAGGGUGACGGCGGCAGUCCUAUACUGGGUUACGUGAUCAACUACAAGCGUGAGCACGGUGACUGGGAGGAACUGCAAGUGGAGGCUGGAACGUCGGAACAUAUCCUGCCCAACCUAUGGUGCGGCACUCGCUACCAGCUGUACAUCACGGCAUUUAACCGCAUCGGCACUGGGCUGCCGUGCGACAUCGUCCACGCCUACACUAAGGGAACGGUUCCCGUGAAACCAAAGCACUCGCAAAUGAUAACGCUGAACACAACAACGGUGACCGUGUGGCUCGACUCGUGGGGCGACGGUGGUUGUGGCAUCCUCUACUUCGUUAUCGAGUACCGAGAGAUAAGCCAGUCACAGUGGCGUCUGGUGUCAAACAGCGUGCAGGCAACGGAGCGCGUAUUCAGCGUAGGCGGUCUUACACCAGCAGCACACUACCAGCUGCGGAUCACGGCGCAUAACAACGCGGGCCACGCCGUCGCGCUAUACAACUUUACCACGCACUCGCUCAGCGGCAUGUUGGACGGGGAAUUGUCACCGCCAGUGCCGGCUGCAGGAGCAAGGUCUUUAAGCGGCGCACGCGUCAUCUUACCCGCUGCAUUAUCGCUGCUUGUAUUGGGCGCACUGAUCGCUAUAGUGUUCCUGGUGCGGAGAAACAAAUCAGGUGGUACAGAGACAGCGGCCACAGAGAGCGGCGUUGGCGAAUCACCAUCAGUCGCGCAACUUCAAAACAAAGUGAACCGUGAUCAGCAGUACUUGGCGACGCGUGCGCAACACCCCGCCCCACAGCAUCACUACAAACACGCUUCUAACGAAUACAUCGAAGACAUUUGCCCAUACGCAACGUUCCAGCUGACCAAACCGACUGCGUACAGCGAGAGCAGCUACAGCGGGAACGUGUACAGCGGCCCUUACCACUCGGUGCGCGGCUCUUUCGUCUACCACGACCUCAAGCAAAACGACAAGUACAAGGGCAAAGAGCCGGAAUAUACAAAAGUGAGGAGAAAAGGAAACAGACUCCGAGAUCCGCACUCAGAGAGCCAAGAGUCGGACAACUUGGGCUCGACGGACUCGGAGGUGAAGAAGAUACUAACGCUGCACCUGCCCAUUACAGAGUACGAGGACGACGCGAGCGACGACGGCAGCGCGCCGCACUCAGACAGCGAGCCUGCCGCCCGGCUGCGCCCCGCGCACCCGCCCGCAUAUCCCACCGUGGAGCGCGAAGAAUCUUCCUCUUCGUCAGAGAACUCCGUGGGUGGAGUGGUGCGGAAAGCGUUCCCUUCAAGGAAGGGUAAAGCGGGUGCGCUGGGCAAACGGCAUGUACGUUCCUCCAGCGGAUACAGUAGCCACAACGACGAGACCACCUUCAGUAUAUCCAACUACCCGUCGUUCAACGAGCACAUCCACCCACCAUCGCGGUUCUCGGACGACACCGAGUGCGAGGGCGGUCACCACCGACGCAAGAGGCACCACGCCGACGGCAAGGUCUCGCGCGAGGCCUUCCAGAUCAACGUAUGAAACCCAUAGAUGAUUAGAUAGACUCUUAACAGCGUGCUGUGAACCAUCGAAAUCCUGGUCACUCGCAAGUCCUUUUAGUUUAACGUUUGCAACAACAACAGCGUAUGAAUCAACGAAAUCCACAAUUCCAAAGGUCACGCGCGACCCCUUCCAGAUCAACAAAUGCAACAACAGCAUAAUGAAAUCCUCAAUUCCAAGAUCACGCGCGAAUCCUUCCAGAUCAAAAUAUGAACCAACAACAGCGUAUUCUCAACGAAUUCUAUAAUGCCAAGGUCACACGCGUUACUUACAGGUCAACGUAUGAACUAUCCGUUCGAUAGACUAGCAGCCUAUGAAUCAACGAAAUCCACAAUGCCGCAGAAGGAGACUUUAUUUUGUACUUAUAUCUUAUCAAGUAAGGGCCACACCGGGAGCGAAACGAAGUUCGUUUACCCAUAUUGAAACACACAAACCUGUACCUGUCUAGAUUUUACCCGCUCAUUUUCAUCGAGCCAAGAACUCGUACCCCAAGCGCGAACAACUAGCGAGAAAAUAUUCAAAUAACCAUCAUCAAAGUUUCAAUGGAAAGAGCUAGUUUGUUCUUACUUUCGGAAGUGGCGCUGCUUAGUUUCCAUAGAAAGUUUGACAUGGCGAUACGAAUACUUUCUCGCUAGUUGUUAGUGCUUGGGGUACUUAACGAAAUGAGCGGGGAGGACUUUAACCCUCGUCUCGCUGCUGCCAAUGGGCCGAAAAAGAUUCAAGCCUUUCUAGACAUUUAGAUCGCUUCACUCUACUGAAUUAGUAAGAUGAUUUUAUUGUUUCGGUCCCAGUGUGGUACUCUACGCUUUAAUUAGACACUGCCAACGAAUUUUAGAAUACUGUGGUUUGUCCUCGCAGAUUUAUUUGCUUACAUUUUUUUAUGAAACCAUACAGGUUUUAAGUAUUUCCGUAUUCACAAUAUUGGUAGGGUUUUUAGCAUUGAGUAUCGGUGAAAAUGUUUUCUUAUCAUUUUCUGUGAAUAAUUCAAUCUUAAAUGAAGAUCUGAGCCAUAAUAGUGGAUAUAUACAAUAGGCUGAGAUAUUGGUUAAAAUUACUUAAACUAUAAUUGUGAGGAACUUCCGGGAACUGCGAUAUUUUGAUGGAAAAUGUCCCUUGGAGUGUCAAACACUAUUUAUUAAAAUCAAUAUUUUAUUGAUAAGAAAAUUUUUGAGAAAUGGCAUUUUGAAAAUGUGUACAAUUGCAUCGAAUGUUUGUUAAAAUAGUCAAUAAAGGAGCCAUAAAAAGACAACAAAGAUAAUAUGUGGAUUUAGAUCACUCUGGAAGAUGCACUAUUGCCAAUAUUGCUUUUUUAUCCAUUAAAAUUAUAAUAUUCUCAACACAUGAAUAUAAAGUGAACACGAUAGGUGCAUAAAAAAUAUAAAAAGAUGCAGUAUUUUAAUUGUCGCCCAAUCACGCGUAUGGGCUUCUGAAAACUUUUUGAAAAGCAAAGUACGUUCGUUGAUCUAAUCUAGCAUAUUUAUUUUGUGCAUAACUUUUUAAAUAAUAUCUAAUUUGUGUUCAGUAUUGGUGCCAAAUAGUAUCUUCAUUAAUGUAUACCUGCAUCACAACGCUUAAAUACCUACCACCUUUGAAAGGAUAAUCAUAAUAAAUCCUUCAGCAUUAUAAUAUAAUUGGCAUUAACUUCUGUGUAUAAGUAACUCGCCAAAUCCAUGUUAUCUUCCAUACUACAUUUAUAAUUUUGUAAAUAACAUAGUGUGUAGAUAGGUGAACAUAGAUGGAUACAAAUAUUACUCUUAGGCAUUACAUUUUUGUACUCAAGAAUCGAGUAUUUUUAUCAAAACAUUGUAUAAACGAUGCAAGAUGUUAUUAUGAUAAACUAAAGGAAGUACUUAGAAUAUACUGACGACUGUAAAUUUAUUCGAAUAUAAGUUGACACAGUCGCAAAGUGAGAUAAAAAUAAAAUUGUUCUUUAGUUAUUCAGUCAUAAGGCUGAUUUUCAUAAAAUUCAUUCAUUCAAAACCUUAAUGUUUUCUUUUUUUGUCAAAUAUAGAUAUAUACUUACCAUUGACAUUAUACUUACAUAACUGAGUGAUCACAUGUCAAUCUAUCUCUUUCCAUUGUAUGGAUCGUUUUUAGGAGGAAUAAAAAGUUGUGUGUUUCGCCCGAUCGGCUUUCUUGUUCUAGCAAGGCACUUCACAUGGCUAUUCGUGUUUGUAAUUUUGACAGAGGGCGGUCCUUUUCAUACUCUAUACGAAAUGAAAAGGAGAGACUUGUCAAGUUAACAAAUAGCAAAUAUUAAAGAAAGAGAUAGGAUGGAUUGCACGAGUGUUCAGGCGGAUCACAUCAUACCAGUCGUCAUGUACAUAUAACUGUAAUAAAUGUGUAUUUACAGCAUUCGAGUGUAAAACAUAAGGAGAACAAUAAUUAAAAUAAAAAGUAUAUUUUAAACUUAAUGCCUUAUUGACCAAAGUCUUAAAACUAGUUGCGGAUAUAAUUGGAAAUAUUAUACCCGAUAAUGAAAAUUAUUGUUUGAUUGUUGUAAAGUUUAUGAAAUGCUGGUUUUCAUUGGAAAUCUUAUCAUUGUCUAUAAAAAUAAGAAUUGGAAACUUCCAUGUAAUUAUUAUAGUGUUUAUAAUUAUCGUAGGAGUAAAAUGUUUGUAAAGUGCCAACUAUGGAGAAAUAUAAAAGUUAUCUGUAUACAAAUAUGUAAGUGUAUACAAAUCUCUUCAUCGAUACUAGUCAAAUAAUCAAAUACUUAAUUUAAUAUACGAUCAGACGUUACUCUAGAACGUUAAUGAAAUUGUUUAUGGACACUAUGCUUAUACCGCUGAUACAAAUGAAGUCAUUCCUAUAACAAAAUCAUGCUUUAUGUCGGCUACUACAUAUGCAAUGGAGUAAUGGGACAUUAGUUAAUAUAAGAUCCUCAGAUAACACAAGACAAUACACUUACCUAUAGUUUUUUUGGUGAAUAUGGCAGAAAGUUAACUUUGUAUGUACAUUUGAACUGUAUCGAGUAUGUUGUAGGAAUAGUCCAUGCGUGUUGAACACAUAACGAGAUGUUUUGUAUUCAAUAAACACAUGUUUUAUGUGAGUUAUGUGGAUUUAUAAUGAUUUACAAUCGUUUACGUUGACUCUCUUUAGUAAUUCCAACGAAGACUGCCCUAUAUUUAAUUGAGAUCUAUUUUAUAUAUAAUCUAGACACAAAUACAUAUUGCUAGUCAAUCGAAAUCAUUAUGUAGAUUUAGUAGAAUUUGUGAAUGAUGAUUUAAAUAUUUGUACCUAUCUGAAAUUGUGUUUACCAUUGAAAUCGAACAUUGUGAAUUCAAUAAUUUAAAUUCACAAAUGGCUAUUAUGGCAUUUCAAUUUAUUGCAAAAUUUUUGCAAAUAAAUGAGUAUUUAUUAAUUUAUCGGUCAUAUUUAAGUCUAUUUGACAAAUCUAGUCAAAAUACCAUAUCAUUUUUAAGAAAUUUUGUUAUUAAAUCUUUGUGACACAAAUAAUGUAAGGAUUAGUUAAUCAUGUUGUUACAGAUAUGUUUUUAUAAUGCAACAAAUUAGCUAUCGAGUAUAUUAGGACAGUAUGAUGUGAAUGAAAUAAAAAAAACAUUUAAUUGAAACUUUCUUUUAUUU